GUGGAGGAUCCUCGGCUGGAGUUGGGGCAGUUCCAUGCUGCGAGGAGCAGGACCCCGAUGUCACCUGCCCUUUCUGUCCCCUGCAGGUCCCAUGGCGCUGGGCCGGGCCGCGCUGCUGCUGCUGCUGCUGAGCCCCCUGCGGGCGUGCGGGGCUGAGCUGCUGGGGCCGGGGCUGCCCCGGGACGGGCAGUGGGUCUGGGGGGCGGCCGAGCCCCUGCCCCUCUCCCGUGGGAAGAGGGAUGACAGCGGGCAGGGGCUCGGUGUCAGGGCGAUGCUCAGCAGUGACAGGAGCGAUGGUGUCUCUGUGCCGCCAGCACCCGGCACCGAGGCCGGGCUGCUCCCUGUGCCAACCGCGGCCGAGCCUUUGGAUGAUUCCCCCGAGCCUGAGAUGCUCCUGAGCUCUGCAGCACCAGAGCCCAGCACAAACACCAGCCUGCUCCGGGUGCCUGUAGUGUCCACCACAGCCGAGCCUAUGGAUGAGACAGAUUCCCCUAAACCCGAUUUACUGGAGGACUCUGUGGAACCAACAGCGCCCAGCACCAGCCUGCUCCAGGUGCCCACCACAGCUGAUCCCACGGAUGAGACACAUCCCCAUCAUCCCGACCUGCUCCUGAGCUCUGCCCCACCCCCAGCACCCAGCACCAAGGCCAGCCGUGCACCCGUGGUCCCAAGCACAGCUGAUCCCAUGGACGAGACCGAUUCCCCUGCUCCCGAUCCGCUGCCAGGCUCAGAGCCCCAAAAGAGCAUCGCCACCACCACCCGCAGCUGGCUCACGUCCCCCAUGGAGGAGGGCACAGUGACUGAUGGCCUGGACAGCCGCUCCUCCGCGGGGCCACGCUCAACAGCCCCUCCAGCCUUCGUCCUCACCACCACGGGCUACAAGAGCCCCAAGAAAUACGGGGCUCCGCCUGCAGCGACCCUCCCGGCCUCUUGGGACACCACGCCGGAGGCCACCGCGGUGCCCUGGGAGCCCAGCGGGAUGAUGAUGAGCAAGUGCCUGCUGGCCAUCCUGCUGCUGGGGCUGGUGGCCGCCACCUUCCUGGUGUGCACGGGGGUGCUGGGGACGCUGCUGUGGCGGCGGGCGCGCUCGGGGCAGCGCCGGUUCAGCCGCACCGAGAUGGUUUGUAUCUCCUCGCUCCUGCCCGACGCCGAGGCGGCCGCCGGGCCCCGGCCUGUCCCGGCCCGGCGGCACAAGCUGCUGCUGCCCGACGGCAGCUCCGAGCCCGAUGGAGACAACCUGACUCUCAGCAGCUUCCUGCCGGAGCACUCCUGAGCCGCGGGGGUGGCUCCUGCAUCCCGCAGCUCUGGGGACCCCCUGUUCCCCGGUGUUUUAGCUUGGACCAGUGUGACGGAGCUGCUCCCCCUCGGCCAGCUCAGCCUCAGCCCUCGAGGCGCAUCC